AUGGGGUCGGCGACGACGACUCGAUCAAUAAGCAACAUCUGCCACCACUACAAACGCACGUCUACUGUGAUUACGGUAACAACAAUAACGCCGUGUUAGCCGGCGCAGUAAAGCAUUGGCCGCUGCCAAACUAGUCUUCCACUCCCCUCCGGUCCGCGCGCGCACGGUCGCACAGUGUGGCAACGUCGUCGAAGGUGUGGUUCGGGCGGCCGUCUACGCUCCCCCGUUGCAUUGCUGGCAGUUACUUUUGCUCGGCACCGCGAACGCUAACCAUUGAUUUUACGCUCUUGUCCGUACCGCCCGUAUUUUUUCCACAGUUCACAGUUUUCAGUUAUUUACGUGUGCAGACGUCGCGGCUUCCCGACGGUGAUUUUUUAUCCAGUUUGAUUGCCGACAUACCCAAUCUGGUAAGUACUGUAUACCUACUCGUCACGGACGUGUUUUUUUUUGUUUUUUUUUGUUUUUAUCGUUACAAUUGCGCGUUCGUGCGACCGACGUCCACAUUUAUAUAUCCGUAUUUUUUGAUACGUGCGUCGCUUGACAUUUAGUCGGUGCAAUUUUUUCUUGGUAAAGACCCGUCAAUGAACGAAGUCCGGCCCCUCCCUCGGUCGGUGACCAAAAAGCGGUCCUGCUAAAUCGGCGCGAGGUUGCUUGUGAUGUACCUAUACGAUGUUUAUAUUCGUACGCGUUAUCUAUUCGAUGCCUAUCCGUAACGGGUAAUAGUAAUUAGGUAUAGGUAAUCUAAUCAAAUAGCCUGGAAAAUAAUAUCUUUUCCGGCCGGUGCACGUGUUUUUUUUUUCUUCUAUGUAUUCGUGCGAUGGGACGCGGCUAUUUUAUUUCCAUGUCUUUCGAUACGUACGUCACCGGAUAUUUUGCUGGAGUAAAUUUUGUGUGUCCCGUUAACGUACCGGCUAGGUUCCUGCCUCGGGUCAAUAUAAUCCACGAGUAGGUGCUCAAAAAUGACGUACCUACCCAAUAAUAUUUGUAUUAAAAAAUGUAUAAUAGAAAUUAUGUGGUAUGUACGACCACAGGACCACAAUUACACAUAAUAAUGUAUUUAAUUACCUAAUAAUUGUGUUUAAGUAAAAAAAAUAUACAAAGACAAAUUAUAUGGUACAACCAUGGUUAUAUGUGGUUACUUAGUGGUGCUUGAAUUUAACUUAAAGGUUGUCUGUAUAUCUAAUGUUAUGCAGUAUUUUGUUAAAUGAAACAUUGCCAGUCGGAAAAAUGACAUACCUACCUAAUAAUGUUAGUAUUGUAAAUAAAAAUAAAAAUUAUGUGGUAGAUAGGCACGAACGCAGUCUCAUAACUACCUAAUAUUUUUAUUAAAUAAAAUUGAAAAAAUUACAAAUUAAAUAGCUAUUUAACCAUGGUCAUAAUCACAUUGGUAUAAGGUCUUUGGGGGGGGGGGACCAUGGUUGCGUAUGUUUGUCUUGUCUUUUUUUACAAAAUGAUUGCAUAGGAUUUUUUGAUGAAAAUUUGAAUAAAAUAAUUUUUUUUUUUUUAUUUUUAAAAAAAGUAAUACACAAUCUGUAAAUUCAAUUUUUUACAAUAAGCGUAUGGGCGAUAAGUUAUUUAAUUAGCGUGAAUUGACCGAUAAAAGAAGCCACCCAGCGGUGACACUUAAUAACUUGACUAGUUAUUAAUUAAUGGUUAAUUCUGGUUGCCGAGGUCUCUGCGCCAACGGCGAGCUAGUCGUCUAGGGGGAUUUCCGGGAAUAGUAUUUGAGUUGAGUUCUCUUAUAAGAGGAUUUGGAUGGUUGACUAGGCGGGAUCGGAAUCGUUGGUAAAAGAGAGAUGCAGUUUUGGAUACGGUGUUGAUGUGAAGAUCAGAGUGUAAUGUGUGAUUAGAGACAUAAUAGGGUGCGCCCGUUAUUAGGCGGAGCGAGGUAGACUGGAAUGCUUGGAUUUUUUUAAUGUUUGAUGGCUUGGCUGUUCCCCAUACUUGUAUACCGUAAGACCAGAUAGGAGUUAAUAACAUUUUGUACAGGUUUAAUUUAUUUUUUAGAUUAAUUUUUAAAUUUUUAUUUAAUAAAAAGUAGAGGUUUCUGCGUCUUUGGUUGAGUAAUAGUCUCUUAAUUUUUAUAUGGUGGGCCCAGGUGAGUCGCUUGUCGAGAUACAUACCCAAGUACCGGGCAUUUGAAGUGAUAGGAAUUAAAGAGUUGUUUAAGGUUAAUGGAGGAGAAAUGCCUUUANCUCUUUUAUCCCCCAUUUUUCCAUAUUACUCGCUGUCCUUCCAGUUUCGGUUCUUAACCUAUUUAGCGUCUUCCAUAUUGACCAUGGUAGAUGACUUCCGGGUGGUAAUCUUUCCUUUGGAUCCUUCCAUAGCUGUGCGCUAUGCCCUUUCAUUCCCUCCUUCCAUAAGUCUAUUCUUGUCACUUCAGGUGUUUGUGAUAGGCUAAUUGUUGUCUUCAAAAAGUUUUUCCUCGAUUUAAGUCGACUCCCCGUGAAUUUACCUUCAUAUAAAGGGUGUCUUAUGUCUGAUUCUUGUUUUGUUUUCUCUACUCUUGCUGCCACCUCCCGCCUUAUGUUAGGAGGUGCUAUCCCGCAUAAUACUUGUACUUUUUGAACUGGGGUUGGUCUCAAGCACUCCGUAAUUAUUCUNNNUUGUUUUCUCUACUCUUGCUGCCACCUCCCGCCUUAUGUUAGGAAGUGCUAUCCCGCAUAAUACUUGUACUUUUUGAACUGGGGUUGGUCUCAAGCACCCCGUAAUUAUUCUAUUAGUUAAAUUUAGUGCCACAUCUACCUUCUUGGCAUGUGCUGAGUUUUCCAUGCAGCACAAGCAUAUUCAUCCGUCGAGUAGCAUAAUGAUAAGGCUGUCGUUCUUAGGAUAUGAGGGUCUGCGCCCCAUUGAGAGCCAACCAGUUUCUGAAGUAAACAGUUUCUUGUUCCUAUUUUUUUUUUUGUGUUUUCACAAAUGUCAGGGCUCGAUCAAGUUUAAUGCCUAAGUAUUUUGGUUCGUCGCAGUGCUCUAAUUGAGCAAUAUCUAAUGAUAUUAUUGACGAUGAGUGAUAAAAUAACUAUAUAUUAUAGUCAAGUAAAGUGUUUUUAAAAUUUUUAAUUUUGUUUACAAUAAUAAUAUAUAAAGUAAAUAAAUACAUAAAUAACAAAUUUAUCAUAUAUAAAAAUAAAAUAAAUAAAUGAAUUAAUGCAUCGCCUGUUGUAUUAUUAGUGUAUUAUACUACAGGUUUUGAAUAAAAAAUUCAUCAUCAGGUACAUCACAGUCAAAAUGUAAAAUGUGACUGACAUUUCUUUAUGAGUAUUAACCAUUUUAAAAUUUUUUGUUUUUACUUAAUUAUUUUAUUAAUAAUAAUACCUAUGUUCUUUGCUUGAACAUUUAAGAUGUACGAUAUUUUUUAUUUUUAUAUUCAAUAGAUUUUAAAAAAUUUUGAUGAACAAUUAUAAAUGAAAACAUUUGUGUAAGUCAAACUAUUUAACCGGUAUUUAAAUAAAUAAAUGAUAACAUUUGUACAAUAUCAAACAAUUUACGCAUUAAUCAUAUUAAGUUAGGGAAUUAAAUGUAUCAUACUGUAGUAGAAAAAUAUUUGUAUAGUGAUAAUAUUUAUUGUUUAUUUUCUUUAACUGUUGAACUGACUAAUUUAGGUUUAGAAAAUGUGGAUGUUGUUAUUGAACUAAUGCUUAGUUAUUUGGCUUUAAUUAGGCAGCAAGAGAUAUCUGAAGAUAUUUUUAAACAAAUUCAAACUUUGGUUGAAAAUGAAUUUAAUUUGUCUGAAAAUAAAAAUGCUAUAUUGACUAUGUAAUGGAACUUUCCUUAAAUAUGAUAAUAUGAUGAAUUUUGACGAGGAAGAUUAUGUGGUUCAGUAUUGUCAUAUUUAAAAUUGUGUGGCUUAAUUCAUAUUGUCAUAAAAUUAUGAUCAAUCUGAUUUGUUUUCAUGGAAUGAAAUUUUUGGGAUAAAUUAUUUAAGUGACAAUUUCAAAGAAUUAAAAUAUAAAUGAUCAAAAGUAAAACCACAUACAUUUUUAAAACUAUGAAAAUCCAUAUGUUAAAACAGAUUUUUCUGUUUUACCUCAAAGUACAAAUAUAAAAAUAUUCACAACAAAUAUUGGAAAAUGAACAUAUUGAUCUAUGACACUAACAAGAUAAUUGUUUCAAACUUUCCAAAGGCUAUAUAGUAUUAAAUUGUAUUACUCAAAUGCCUUCAAAUUCGUUGAAAAAUAAUGUACAAUUGGAUUUAGUUUUUAGAUACUAUAGUAUUUUUAUUAAAUGAAAGAUACAUAUUUCUGGUGUAAUUUUAGUACCCCGAUUUGUAAGAAUGAUUUUGUAUAUGCUGAAGGUCUGUUUGACAUGAAUUGAUGUUACUGGAGAAUAUUGCAAGACGACUACCAUAGUCUAUGAAUAAUUUUCCAGAAGUUCUAUGUUAUUUCUACUGAGAACUUGUUCAAUAGUUUUCAAAAUUUGUAUCAUUUAGUUUAUUUAUUGAAAUUACAUUAUUUUUGUUUUUACUAUUUUUCCUUUUUCUCCUGGUAUCUGCUUAAGUUUUAUUAAAGAGUGUUUUCAAUAAUAUCUAUCAUAUGAUCAAUUUUAUAUACUGUAGGUGUAACAUAUUUAUUUUAUUUUUCAAUCUUACCAACAACUUAAAAUUACUACACAUAGUCCCAAAUCAGUCCAACCUAAAUACAAACUCAAUGCUCUAAAAACUAUCACCAAUGUUUAUGGACUUACUUCUUCAACCAAUAACACUUAAUAUAAAUAUAUUAUUUUAUAACUGUAAUCAAAAUUAAAUUAAUAAUAAUUAUAUAUUGUACUUUAACCUUUUAGUUAAAAAGCAAUGGCUUUAAAAUAAUGCAGUAAUAUUUUACCAAAAUAAAGGAACUCUAAAAAGAAAUAUUUUUAAAUAUUAACUUUAUUAAAAUAUUAUACGAGUAUUAACUUCUGAUAAAUUUUUUGUUUUUUUGACGUUUAGCUUCGGGUAAAAUACCUUCCAAGUAUUCUUUGUUGUAUUUAUCUUUUUUAUUAAACCACAUUAAUAUAGCUGGUUGUGGAUUGAAAUGAUUGACAGUAAUCAUAUUAGUUCGAAUAUAAAGAGAAUUUUUUAUGGUUUCUGGUGUUAAAGAACUUCCUGAGGUUUUCAUAAUGUUGUAACAGGAAAUUAACCAUUAUACAUCUGCAGAAUAAGGUUUGGCGGCAAUAUUCUGGCCUGUAAUAAUAAAAAUAUUAAAAAUGUUAAGCUCAAAUUAUUAAAUUGUACAAAAUAAAAUGAAUAAAAUACCAAUGAAGUACUAAGUGACACAAUUUUUAAAAUAUUUAUUGAAAUAUGGCCUCUAAGUUCUUCAUCUGUGCAAGCCUCUUAAUACGAUGCAAUAAAAUCAAUGAAUAGAUAAUCUGGGAAAAUAAAUCUGUGACAAUUUUAAUCUUCAUCAGAAACAACAAAUUUACUAAACCUGUCUUAAAGGUUUUAACUCUAAUAACGCAGAAGUAUAUAAAUGCUCAUUAAGGGAAGUAAAAAUGUGUUGAAUCACAUCAUGACUAAUAGUUUUUAAAAGAAGGACUAUCAGAUACAUACAAAUUAUGAUUUAUUUUUUUCUGGUUUGCAACAUAUUAAAUAUGUAGUUGCAGACAUAAAAAUAACACCAAUGAGCGAUUCAUCAGUAAACUUAAAAUUUUAAAAUUUUCACAUUAUAAAUUUUUUUUUUUAUAUUUUUAUUAGAAAUAAACAAUCUUUCUCUUAGGGGCACAAUAGGUUUAUGUGGUUAGAGUAAAUAUAAAUUUAAUUUAAUUAAUUAACAACUAAAAUAAUUAAAAUAACUGGAUAGACUUGUGAGAAGUCAUUCACCAAUGACACUCACUAAUAAACUUUUAAACUUUUUUUUUUAUUAUUAUUGUUUUUUUUUUUUAUAUAUAUAUAAAAUUAUUUGAACAGAACUGAGACUCAGUCUACGGAUUAGUUGAUGGGAGGGGAUGAGCAAGUAGGUCUAUUAUAAAUAAAAACAAUUUAUUAGUAAAUUUAAUACAAAAAUAUUUUUUGUUUUUACUCUUUUUUUCCAUAAAUUCUUCUACAGUUUUGACACCACGUUAGACAAUAAAUAUUGGUAGUUUUAUUGCUUUAAAUAGUAUUUUUACGAGGUGAUAUCUUAAUAAUUUUUCAUAUUUUUCCAUUUUUAUUGGAUAAAUUAUACAAAAAUCAUAUUAUUUGAUGAAAAAAAAACAGUGGGUACAUUUGUUCAAUAGAAAAGGUAUAAAGUAAAAAGAAAUUUAUUAAAAUGAUUAAUACUUGUAAAUAAAAUAUAUAAACAAAACCUGAAACCGGGUAAGACAUUAUGACAUACGAAUAUUUGAUUCCCGACAAUACCCAUCGUUUUGAAUACUUUUCAAUUUAUUGAUUUUUAUACUCAAUUUGCGGAAAAUCAAGGAUUAUUAACCAUUCAAUAAUUUUGUUUUUACUUUAUAAUUUUAUUAUUGUUUUAAAUUGACUUACCAUAUGUGUAUUUUAUCUGUUUUGUCAGUCGAGCUUAAAGAUUCAAAAUCUUUCUCAUCACACGUCUGUAAAAUAAUUACAUAUUAUAAUCAUAUAUUAUCAAUUACCGUUUUUAAAAUUAACUUGCUAUUUUUAUUGGUAACAUGACGCGGGUGGAGGGACACAAGGUCGAUUUCUGAGUUAAAUUGAUAACGGACAAUUUUCGCGUGGACGGUGGCGUCGUUAAACGGGGUGGAAAGGGGUCGGCGACGAACACUUUCGAUCGGUGAGCGGCGUCGGCCGUCAUCGCCACAAACGCCCGUUAUUAUUAUUUUUGGCAACAGCAAUAACACGUUUUAGCCGGCGCCGUAAAGCAGCGGUUCUCAACCUUUUUAUAGUCGCGUACCACCUACACCACUUGAAAAUUUCUACGUACCACCUGACCAUUUUUUUGCUUAUUAAUAAUGUAUACGUUUAUGUUACAUGUAUAGAAUUUUAUUUUAUUAGGAAUUACAAAAUGAGAUAAUAUAAAAUAAAUAUGUAUAUAUAAUAAACUAUAAAGUAAUUAAUGCACAAAAAGAAAUUAAAUUAAAUCAAAUUAAAUAUGUAAAAUUAUUAUAAUUAUUAUGGUUUACUUUUUACUUCAAUGAGACGAUUGGUGUUGUUUUGAACGAACGAUGACAUCAAUAUCGGGCUCCAAAUUGGUAACUUUAAGUCUUAAAUCACUUUCUACGUUUAAUCUACUUCUAUAUUUAUUUUUUAUGUACAAUAAGUCAGAAAAUGUUUUUUCGCACAGAUAUGUUGAUACAAAAGGGAUUAAAAACUGUAAAGCUUGUGUGGACAAUGCCGAGUAUUCUUUUUUCACGUCAUGCCAUUCGACAUCACAAAACAAUUUGGACUUUUCUUCAUCAAUAUCAGUCAGAAUUAAUAAAACUUCUGACCUUAGCUCGAAUAGUCUGGUGAGGACUUUUCCUCGUGAAAGCCACCUUACCUCUGUGUGGAGAAGAAGAGAGUUAUGAGUACUGCCCAUUUCGUUACAUAAUACUGUGAAUAAUCUUGAAUUGAGAGGUCUGGCUUUGAUUAGAUNCCCCCCCCCGUUGGCGCACGCGCGGUUUCAUUCUUCGUCGCAAUUGUGGAUUUGUGUGACUGGCUUCGACGUUACGUUGUUUUCGGUACAUCGUGCGAAUCUGUAAGGAAAUUGACGGAGAAACUAAACCAGAAAUGUACUAAUUUGUGAAAUAAUAUGCCAAGUUGAGAUGAUCACCUAACUCAAAGUGUUAAUAAAAGUACCACUAAUUAGAGGUAUCUUUGGAAUACCGGUGGUCAACUCAUUUAUCUCCUGUCCCUUUCCUGUCUUCUUCAUUGGCCAUGCUCUGACUACUGUACCCAAGCGUGAUUAUAAUGAUAAAAUAUACAGAAUAUAUACUGCGUUUCAUGAUAGAAGAUACACGAGUCGCGCACUCGACUGCCGCCGUCAACAGCGCGGAGGCCAAAUUUCCCCCACUUUUUACCGCUAGGCGGCUAGCCAAAUCGAUCAUACACCCCGAUAACAUUCGGUGCAACUUGUAUACAGCGUACUACAGUGUUUAUCAUACCAUUACGUAAAUAUUAUGAGUGAUACAUAAUAAAAUACAGGUAUUUUUUUAUUAUAAAUUAAUAAACAUAUGGGCCUCGUCAGAAAAGUUGUUCACAAGAAAAGAAAAGGUUGUAAUAUUUCUUUUAACUUGUAUCUAAAUUUCUUAUAUUUUCUCAUUUUUCCUCCGUCUUUUCACGGUUAUUCUAAUUCGUUGGAAAAAUCGAAUAAUCACUUCUCUAAACUAUCUUCCAAGUCAGAUAUCUUUUUGGGAAAAUUGUUAUUAUAAAUCCUAUAAAAUAUCGAUGUGUUAAAAAAUGUGGGAAUGAAUACAAUUUAAGUAACUUAAUUUGUAUUUUAGAAUAUACUAAUAAAAUUAAUAAUAGUAAUACUAUAUUUAUUACAGAAAAUGUAUGUUUAAAGAAGUCAAAAUAAAAUAAUAUUCUUUGUUCGAUUUAUUAAAAUAUACAUCAUUUUAUUCUAGUUUGUACACAAAAAUGCAAAAAGUUAGAUAACAACUUUUGAAUAUAUAGCUAAUAAAAAAAACUUGAUGAAAAGAAAAUUAUUUUAUUUACUAUUAUUAUUUAAUAAUACUUUAAAACCUCUUGAAACUUUUUUUUGAAUUAAAUUAAAUUUGAUUCUUGUUAAAAGGUUAAAAAGACGUCCUUUAAUGGAUAAUGGAGACGGGUGCAUCCAAUGUUAAAGGUAAUUCAAUGUAUUGAUAAACAACGAAAACACGAUUCUGAGUGUAGGUCAGUUGAUAUAGUCCGGCAGGCGAGAGAACGCUACUCAUUGGUGCAUCCAAAUAAACGAGCUUCGCGGUUUCGUACCCACAUUUCUCCCACUCAUUACGCGGCGACCGGUGGCUAAUUUCUCGGCCGCCGCAGCCGUGUGGUAACCCGUGUUUGUAUACAGCGGCUCAAAUAAUACACAAUGAAAAUAAUAACACCUGGCGACUGUCGCACUUAUUAUGUACCUAUUUUGUACCUAUACAACUGCAAAUAAUACGUAUGUAAUAUAAAUAUUUUAUUCAUGUAUUUAUUUUUUAAUUUCAACAUAAAUGUGUCACCGUACAUAUAUAUAUACAUUAUACAUAUAUAAUAAUUAGUAAAAAAAAAAAAAUUGAACGUACAAUAUAAAUAAAAUAAAUCAAUCAGAGUCUGAAUUCGAACUUGUAUCACCUGUUCCUAUCUGGAAGAUAUGAUGUGCUUCAGGUUCUUCAUCCAUAAUUUCAUCGGUUAAAAAGUCAAGAUUCCUCAAUUUUUCUUCUUCCUUAAUGACGUGCCCAACAAAAUUUGACCACAUUUCCGGCGAUACAUGUUCCACGUCUCUCUUCAAUAAUUCUAAUACAUCUUUCAAUUUGAAAGUAUUAUUAUGCGUCUGAACAUGGUUUUUUACAGAUGACCACGCGAGCUCGAUAGGGUUAGCUCGCAGUGGUACGGAAGUAAACGCAAAAUGAUUUUGUUAUUGUCUUUUACAAAUUCGUCUAUCAUGUAUUUCUCGUAUAGUGAUUUUAAUUGUUUAACCUUGUCCAACAAAUCUACUUUGACUAUUGGAUGUGUAACUACUUCACCUUUAUUUUCCAGCCAAUUUACAAUGUCUUGCUUUUUACAUGACAUCACUGAAAUUUGAUCCUUUUUCACCGAAUGAUACGAGGUAUUAUCCAUGACAAUGACGGCAUUUUCUUUCAGUAAUGGUAGAGUUUUUUUAAACCCACAUGUCAGGUGUAACUUUUUCGACUGCUUGUAUUAAUAAUUUUCGUACGUCGUCUAAUUUAAAUGUUGAAUUGUAAGUUUUAACAUGAUUUUUUACCACUGACUACGCCAACUCUAUUCAGUUCAAUUCGCAGUGGUAUGGUGGUAAACGCAGGACAAGUUUGUUCUUUUGUCAAUUCGUCUAUGAUGUAUUUGUCAUGUGCGGGUCUUAUUUCAUUAACUAGUUUUAUCAAAAGAAAUUUUACAAUUGUUGUACCAAAAACAACAUUUUUGGAAGUCAACCAUUCAAUUAUAUCGUUAUUUUUCCAAGGCAUAGUUGGUAUAGGGUCUCUUUUUACUAAAUGGUAUGACGCAUUGUCCAUGACUAUGAAAUUGUUUUUUAACAAUGGUAAAAUUUCUUUGAAGCAUUCCAAAAACGAAUCUCGUCAAUUUUCUGACGGAUAUUUAGACGAAAUUUUUUUUAUUAGGUGACACAACUACUCCAGAUCGUUUAUAUUCAGAUAUGGUAUUUUUAAUUGAGCGUAAUCCUAUCCCGGUUUCAGUUUGAAAGCUCUUGCAUUAAAUAUUUGUUUUUGAUAUCUGAUUGAUUUUGAUUUUUUUUUUUAUAAAGGUUAAUAAUAAUGGUUUUUUGCCAGGUCCCAAUUAACUUUAAAGCAAACAAUAUAGUAUCUAUACAUAAUGUAGGUUUACUUAUAUAUAUAUAUUAUUUUUGACUAACAAUAAUAAAUAUUAAUAGAAUAACAAAAUGUAAAGCAUAAACUAAUGUUAUUAAAAUAAUGAAAAUUGUUUUUUUUUGUAAUGUAGGUACCUACUUACAAUACUAUAGAAAUAAUACAAUACAUAAUAAAAUGUAAUCAAAAUAGAUUCUUACCUUUCCUUUAUUAUUUCUUUUCGCAGGUGAUAAAUUUGUUAAUUCGAUGGUACUCAUUUUAAAAUAAUUAAAUCUAACGAACUAAAAUGAAAAAAAAAUUUCAGUAUUAUACGAGCAGGUGGUAUACAAACGCGAUAAGCACUACAGACACAGUGUACAGUCGGACACGGCGACGACCUUGACGAAAAACGAUGCGUUCUAGCGCUAAUGUAGUAUUUAGUGGUGGGGCUGCGCGAACUCUGACGAGUUUUGUUCGAGGCACGGGCUCCUCUCGUGGGCCGAGGUAUAGUAAACAAAUUUAGUAAUAAAUAAAAUACCCAAGUGGUAUACACAAAUGUACAUUUAAACGUUACCUAUAUAUCUAAAUCGGUAAUUUAUUUUUAUUGGAAAUUUUAAUUUAUAAGUAAAUAUAUAUUUAGGUAUUAACUUCUUUUUUUUUUUUUAUUUUAUUGAAAUAAAUCUACAAUCCAUACAUAUUCUUUGUAUAAUGAGUAGGUUUGAUAAAUGACAAAUAAGAACAGAUAACAUGAGUCUUGAGAUUAGAGAAGAUACCCAUUAGUAACGCCCUAUAAGUAACAGUAAUGACAAUGAAAAAAAAAAAAAUGAGAAGAAAAAUUUAUUUAAGGUUUGAAGGUGUUACCUGGUAGCGGCCUCCAGCACUUAUUAAGCUCGCUUACUAGAGUAUGAGAUUACUGCACCAUUGUCUUUUAAGCCUAUGGCGUGGAUUAUCAAGGAGUGUGUUCGAUAAUAAUUUAUAAAUUAGAGGAUUUGUGUUUUUGAAUUUUGUUGUGAAGUCUGUUGUAGUAAAGUUUGGAGAUUUGGUUAAGAUUUAGGAUUUUAAGAUCUUUUUGGUGAUUAUUGUUGGUUAAGUACCAGAUUGCGGAUGUAACUAGGCGGAGGCAUAUUGACUGAAGGGCUUGGAUUGUACGGGUGUUUGAGGGUUUAGCGGCACCCCAUAAUUGAACGCCAUAGGUCCAUAAUAGCCUGAGUAAGGACUUCCGAAUUAGUAAUUUGGUAUAUAUAUUCAUUUCAGAUUUCAUUAAUGGUCUAAGGAGGUGGAGCCGGGUAUUAAGGGCUUUUCGUUUUGAUUUUAGGUGAGGAUUCCAGGUAAGUUUACUGUCAAGGAUGAGACCAAGAUAUUUAAUUUCUGAGUAGGAAGGGAUUGGGAUGUUGUUCAUCGUGAUUAAGGGGCAAAUUCCUUUUUUUUGGGUAAAUGUAAUGAAGGAGGACUUGGAUACGUUAAUUUUUAUCUUCCAUCUUUUUGUCCCGGGUCGAUUAUAUUGAGGUGUCUUUGUACAAUACUAGAAACAAUGAUUGGGUUUUCGUUGGAGGCCACAAUUGUCGUAUCAUCCGCGUAGGAACCGAGUUCAGUAAAGGAAGUUUUAGGAAUGUCGUGCGUAAAGAUAUUGUAUAGGAAGGGAGUAAUAUCGCUGCUUUUGGGAACUCCAGCUAAGAUGUUGAAAUAGUUUGAGUGGCUCGAGUUCUGGCGUACGACGAAAGUAUGAUUUGUCAAGUUUGUAAAGUAGGCCAUCAAACCCAGACCCUAUCAAACGCUUGAGUGACAUCUAAAAAGACGGUGCAGUAAUGUUUUUUCUCUAGAGAAACUUGGAUAUAAUGAUUGGGUCUGAAUCCAAAUUGAGUGUCGGGGAUAACUUUUGCCGUAAUAGCUAGUGGUAUGAGCCUCUUUAAUAGGAUUUUUUUGAAUACUUUAGAUAAUGUUGGGAGUAAACUAUAGGGCGAUAAGAAGUUAUUUUUUCAGGAGGUUUGUUGGGUUUUGGAAUCAUUAUUAUCUCUGAAAAUUUCCAGGUUAAGGAGUAAUAGGAUAAACGCAACAUUGCGUUGUAAAUAUAGGAAGGUAAUAUGAUUACUAUUUUGGGUAGGUUUUUGGCAAUACGGUUUUUAAUUCGAUCAAACCCGGGGAGCUUUCCUCUUAUGGAGUUUUUUACUAAUGAAUUCGAUUUCUCCUGGACUUGUGUGCUUAGCUGGGAGUGAGACGGGUAAUGCAGACUCUAAAAAAUGUAUGACAAUUUGACUUUGAAUGGGAUUUAGGGUUAUGUCACGUGGAGUGAAGGUUUGCGAUAGAUGUUGGCCGAAUAGGUUUUUGCUUUUUCUGUGUCAGAGACCACCCAUGAGUUAUCUUUUUUACGGAGGGGAGAUGAAGUUGAGAGAGUUUUUAGGAUUUUCUUUCGUCGUUUUUUCGUCCAAAGGUAGGAGUUAUGAUGAGAUGUUAUGUUUUGGAUAUAUUGUUGAUAAGUGAGUUGUGUUGUUGGAUUGUUUUCUUUAGUUUAUUAUUUAGUUGAUUGAAAGUGUGUUUGUCGAUGGGGCCUUUGCCAUCGGGAUCUUGCUUUUCGUUUUUCUCGGAGAAGAGAUUUUAUAUGAUUUGGGUGUAUGUUAUUGGGGUGAAUUGUGCCUGGUGUUGUUGCUAAGUGAAUACAUUUCUGGAUAUCCGAAGUGAGUUUUUGGAUAGUGCUAUCAAUAUCUUCACUUGAUUUUAAGGAAGGGUUGAAAAGUGUACGAGUUUCGAUGAGUUUUUGGAAAGUAGGCCAGUCUAUUUUCCUAAGAUUUUGAGGAUUUGUGGAGGAGUUUAAACAAGGAAUUUCAAGAUCGAGUAUGACUGGUGUGUGGUCGGAUGACAGGUCGUUUGUGUUGGAGAUAAUAGUAGUAGUGCAGUUACGUGGUACUGUUGCGAUGAUGAUAUCGAGGAUAUCAGGACGGUGGUUUUGAUGUGUUGGCCAAUAGGUGGGGUUAGAGGGUAGUAGUAUUUUUAUGUUGGAGUUAUUUAUUGAGUUACUAAGGAUUCUGCCUCUUGGGUUGGUUGAGAGGCAACCCCAAGAAGAGUUUGGCAUUAAGGUCUCCGGCGACAAUGACAUGCUUACCUAGAGAUUCGAAGUAAUUUUUGAAAUUGUUGUUUGAGUUAAUUUUAGGUCCUGGAGGGCAGUAGAUGGAGGAAAAAGACAGAUUAAAAUGUUUGUUGACAGAAACUUGGAUGCUUGUUGCUUGGAGAUACGUUUCACUAAUAGACGGUAGGAAGGGAGUGUGUUAAAUUAUUUUUAACUAGGAUCACCGAUCCAGCGUGAACAUAGUCCGGGUGAUUACUUUGAUAAACUUUGUAUCCAAGAAUUUUAAUAGAUUUUGUCGGGUUUAGGUGGGAUUCGGAUAUCAUUGAUAUGUCUAUGUUAUGAAUAUUGAGGGCUGCCUGAAGUUCAAGUUUGUGGUGUGUAAUGCCGUUUGCGUUCCAUCUGAGUAGUCUAAGUUUAAAAUUAGUUUCCAUUGUUGGUACUUAAUUUAUUUAUUAGUGAGUUAAGAAGGGUUAUUAGAGGAUUAAGAAGUGUUAUGAGGGGAAAGAGUAGCGUUUUAAACUUGGAUAUGAAAGUUGUAAGUUGGCUUGUUAAUAAUUGAUCGGGGGUGGGUUGUUUAUGUGGCUUGAUUUUAGUUUAUUUGAUUUAUUACCUUUAACCGCUUGCGAGAAUGAUAAGUGCUAGGUGGUGUCGCUGGGUUCAUUUACAGAACUUGCGGGAGCAUUGUACGGAUUUGAUAUUCCUGGAGGAAGUUGGCUGUUGGGUUAGACUUGAGGUGUAUCGGAGUUUUCUGUUGUUAGUCUUGAGAUGGUGAUCGGUUGUUGUUUUUUACGGAAACGUUGGAGGUCUUUGUAGAUAGUGCAUCCUCUGUAAUUGUACUGAGUACGGUUCGACAUCGUACUCAUUAAUUUUAAGACGUGAUAAGCGAAGGGUGAUAGUAUACGUGCACGACGGUCGACAGACGUGUGCUACGGACGACUUGCCGUGCGGAACUGAGGUAAUAACUUAUGUAUAUUAAUAUACAUAUACAAUAUAUUAUGCUAUAUUCGAGGUACAAAUAUUUACAAAUUUUUAUAUUUUUACAUUUUAAGUUAAGAUUUGGAAUUUUGUAGGUAUAAAUAUAUACUUGAAAGUAUACAUGGUAAAAUAACUACUUACCUAAUAUUUCUCUAUUUUAUUUUUAGUAAUGGACCGGCUUUAUGAUAACGAAAAGGAUUUCAUUAUCUUUAUGAAAAUGCCGAUGGGUCAAAUUAUCAGCGUGACUGCGAAGAAAACUUGUACUAUUAAGAUGUUGAAAGAAAAAAUUGGAAUCGAACAUGGAUUGUCGGUUCGUGCAAUGAGUUUGUACAAUAGUAGGAGUUUAAUGGAUGACUACCAUAAAUUAGCUGACUACCCGAUUCCGUCACUAUCCCACAUUGAUUUCAUCCCCUACGCAGAGCCCCUAAAUGCCAUUGCUGGCUAG